CGUACUUUGAAGAGCUGCUGUAUUUGUAAAUAGUCAUAAUAUUUUCGCGUACUUUUGGAGGAAGCUGGACUAUUAGCUAUUGGCUAUUAGCAUGAGUGCCAACGGAGAAAAAGAAAAAAACACCGAAAACACCCAAUUGGAGAUCGAAGAGGAACCAGAGGAAAAUAAUAAUAAAGUAGUGGUUUCCAGUGACGAUGCAAAUUGUGAAUCCAAAAUGGGGUUCGGUUCCAAAGAUGAAUGGUGUGGAACCAUCGUCAAGUACAGCAUGUUUUUAUCAAAUUUUGUCAUAUUCAUUGGUGGAAUCGUAUUGGUGGCCAUAUCAGUGUAUACGCUAUACGAUAAAUCGUUCAUCAAAGAACUUUUGGGAACCAAUCUGUUCACAGGAGCAGUGUACAUAUUAAUCGUAGCGGGUAUUCUAUUGUCACUUCUGUCAUUCUUGGGAUGUGCUGGUGCUGUCAAAGAAGUCAAGUGCAUGCUACUAACGUAUUUCAUAAUUCUGUUCAUUAUAUUCAUUGUGAUGCUCGUCGGAGGAAUAUUAUGUUACAUGUUCCGACAAAGAGUGCAGACAACUAUGCAACAAGAGAUGCUCAGGACCAUAAGGUUUUACGGCGAUGACCGAGCCAUAACUAGAGCGUGGGACGACCUCCAGGAAGGACUACACUGUUGUGGCGUUACGGGCUACGAUGACUGGAGACAGCACAGGAUCGGCGGAAUCAUUCCAAGUAGCUGUUGUCAAGAGAUCAACGGAAAGAAACAACCAUGCAAUCUGAGUUUCCAAGCGAGUUUACAGAUAUACAAUACUGGCUGCUUGAACGUGACCACUGCUUUCAUGAAGGACCACGCGACCACCGUUGGAACCGUUGGUAUAGCUGUGUCAUUGUUUCUAUUAUUUGGAUUAGCAUUUUCGUGUGCGCUGUUCAUGAUGAUCGUUUAGAGUUAUAACUGAUAUUUACAGAUAAACAAAGAGAUCACCGUCUUGGAAAACCAUUUUGAAAUAGUCAUUUAAAUAGGGGAAAAGGUCAUAUAAAUUAUUUUCACAACGUUUGCCAUAAGAAUCAAAUCACCGUCGUCGACUAUCAGUCAACAGUAUAAUAUAUAAUAUAUAUUAUUAUACACCAUAUAUUUAUAAUACCAUUGCAUGUGCGUUGAUGACAAAAUGAAAAUAUUUCAACAACAACUUGAUUUGUAUAAAAUAUAGAUAAUUAAGUACAUAAUAUUGUAUAGGUACUAUUAAGUUAAUUAAUUUAUAUUAACAACCAAAAAAAAAACAAUGGGUAGAUAACGCAAAUGGUUUAUAUAUAUAUUAUAUAAUACACUUGCGUAGAACUCCUUUUUUGCGCCCUGGGCGUUUUUUAAGCGUUUAAAAUUCUGAUAAAAAAAUAUACACAAAUGUUUAAUAAAACGUUUAAUUAAGAAAUAAACCUUUUUACUUCAGAAUAAUUAAUUAUUAAUAGUUAAUACAAAUGAUUCAAAAAAACCUUUUUAGGUACUUUACUUAAUAAAAGUUAAAAGCUUAAACCACACACUAAUACACUAUAAUAAUUAUCGUAAUGUAAUAUUGUGAUUUAACAUCCUCGGUUAUGACUUAUGAAUAACCGUGUGUUAUGUUGAAAUUAAAUUAUCAUUGGAAAAUGAUAAUACUAUACCUAACACUUGACAGUGAUAACUAAAAAGGAAAAACACGUCAAGCUAUACUUGUAAGCUGUCUUAGAAUAAAAUAUGCUUGUAAGACAAAUUGUCAAGUACAAAAACAAAUUACUUUCCUAGAUUCACGUAAAACACAUAUAAACGAUAUCAAUCAUGCAUACACUUACAACGUCUGAACCACACAAUAGGAACAUAUGUUUUGGAAAUUCUUAUUUUUUAUAAAAUUACAAAUUUUACUAAUCAGUAGGUAGUAGUCACUAAAUUUUACUUCUUUUACGUAUUUCAGUCAUUAUAGAUAAUUUUCUCAUUCGCAUAGACUUAGACAUUUUAUAAGGUUUUAACCUUAUCAGUCACAGUCAUUAAUUAUUUUUCUUCUAAAUUAACAAUUUAUAUAAUGUACCGUAUGUACAGAAAUAAAUAUUUUAUAUUUUUCAAUUGCCACACCUUGCUCGUUAACAUUAAAUCGUGAGUAUCUAUCGAUUAUAAUUACGUUACAUUAAUUAUUAUUUUAUUAUAGGUUUAUUUUCGUUUUAAGUAAUAUAUUUCUGGAAUUAUUCUUUUACAAAAUAUGUACUAUAAUAUUCUAUU